AUGGCCUACAUCGCACCUAUUCACCGGCCGAGCAGCGUCCGCCAUGCGCUGCAACUCAAGCUUCUGUCAGAAGACGAGGACAGCUUGGUCCUGGCCAAGGCCAACCGCAUAGAAAUAUGGCGUCUCGCAGAGGACCACCUGGUCAUGGUUCACUCGAAAGUCGUCCAUGGCACAAUCUCCAUGCUCCAGAAGCUGCGACCGAAAGACUCGUCGACCGAUCUCCUCUUCGUUGGCACCGACCGAUUUCAGUACUUCACACUCUCGUGGAACCCCCAGACAAGCCAAUUGGACACUGUCCAAACUUUUGAGGACAUGGGGGAGAAGCAUAUGCGUGAUUCACAGAGCCAGGACAAAUGCCUAGUGGACCCCACAGGGCGGUUCAUGGCACUCCAUCUUUGGGAAGGCGUCUUGACAGUCCUGCGGCUCCUCUCAAGAAAGGGUACGACCCUGAACCUGCAGUGGAUGGAGCAGGUCAGACUCUCAGAGCUAUUCAUCAAAGCCAGCACAUUUCUCCCCUCCGAAACUCACCCCAAGCUCGCCUUCCUCUACCAAACUCGUACCGACAAUCCCGACUCGAAGCUGGCCACGUAUCAGCUUACUGGAAACGACGCGGAUAAUUCGGCAUCGAAAUUUGACCCUACUAGAGAUAGGGAAAUAUCUAUAGACGUACCUGAUCCUGGAGCUGCAAUCUUGAUACCUGUGAGAAGGGUCAGCGAGGAGCAAAAACGGCAUAAUUUCCGCAAUGUGGCUACUGCUAGAGCGCACCUCGGGGGCCUGCUCGUCGUUGGGGAGACACGCUUGCUCUAUAUAGAUCAAGUGACGAAGGUCCAGGUUGAAGCGCCGCUGAAGGAGGCGUCAAUAUUUGUGGCGUGGGCGGAAUAUGACGAACGGAAUUACUUCUUGGCAGAUGACUAUGGAAGAUUGCACCUGCUCACUAUCAACACGGACGGGUCCGCUGUGACUGGCAUGCAGGUGACCUACAUAGGCAAAACUGCGAGAGCAAGCUCUCUUGUCUACCUUGGCGACAACAUAUUGUUCGUUGCAUCGCACUACGGAGAUUCACAGCUCUACCGUACCGACUUCUCCGAAGAUGCAGCUCAAUUUCUCCAUUUACUUCAGACACUGCCGAACAUUGGACCUGUUCUCGACUUCACUGUUAUGGAUAUGGGCAACCGAGAAGGCGAUAGCCAACUGGGCAACGAGUAUUCUUCUGGUCAAGCCCGGAUCGUCACUGGCAGCGGAGCUUACAAGGAUGGUAGCCUGCGAAGUGUUCGCAGCGGCGUUGGUCUAGGAGACAUUGGCAUUCUCGCGGAUCUCAAAGGCGUCAGGGAUGGCAAAUCACUCAUCUCCCUGAACAUUGAGAAAGACCUUUUGGUCUCAGGACAGAACGAUGUUGCUGAAAACGACCAGGUUGCUUGCAUUCACGUUGCACCAGAUCUCCUCGACAUCGGCGUCAUAGGCUUCUGGACGUCCGGUUCCUUGUCAAUCGUCGACUUAGCUACUUUACAUCCCCACAGGGGUGAGCCGUUGCGACGAACAGAUGACAAUGCCUCAAUACCACGAGACAUAGUUUUGACCCAGGUAUUGCCACCCGCAGUCGGUGGUCCAACGUUGUUUGUCGCUAUGGAGGAUGGCAAUGUGAUCACCUAUAACUUCUCGACUACGGACGUCACCUUGUCUGGUCGCAAGAGCGUCGUCCUUGGUACGAGACAAGCAAGAUUCCACCUCCUCCCACUCGCAGAUGGGACGUCCAAUAUUUUUGCGACUACGGAGCACCCUAGCUUGAUCUAUGGUUCGGAAGGAAGAAUUGUGUACUCUGCGGUCACCGCUGAAGAUGCAACUUGUAUCUGCCCCUUCGAUACAGAGGCUUUUCCCGGCUCGAUCGCUGUAGCGACAGAGUCCCAAAUAAAGAUUUCUCAGAUCGAUACAGAGAGGCGCACUCAUGUUCGGUCUCUAGAGAUGGGUGAGACAAUUCGCCGCAUCGCCUAUUCUCCCAAGGAACAAGUCUUUGGUCUCGGAUGUAUCAAGAAAGAACUUGUCCAUGGCGAGGAGGUGAUCUCAAGCUCAUUCAAGUUGGUUGACGAGGUCAUAUUUGACAACCUUGGCAAACCAUUCAUUUUAAACACUGCCCCAGCAACAGAAUUGAUAGAGUGUGUCAUUCGAGCAACACUCUCGGAUGCUUAUGGCAAUCCCGCGGAACGAUUCCUUGUUGGUACAAGCUUCAUUGAAGAUGGCGAGAUUGCCUCACAGCAGUCUGAAUUCCGCGGACGACUUCUAGUUCUUGGCGUGGACAGCGAUAGGAGCCCUUAUCAGAUCAUGAGCCACAACUUGAAGGGAGCGUGUAGGUCUCUGGCGGUAAUGGACGACAUGAUCGUUGCGGCGCUAACGAAGACGGUCGUCGUGAGCAAGUAUGCUGAGCAGUCCACGACCUCGGCGACACUGACAAGGGUUGCCUCAUACCGUCCUUCCACCUACCCUAUAGAUCUAGCUGUCGAAGGCAAUAUAAUAGCCGUUGCCGACCUGAUGAAGUCGCUCUCGUUGGUAGAGUUGGUACCAGCUAAAGAUGGUAUGGAGCCGCAAUUAAUCGAGUGUGCACGUCAUUACCAGUCUGGAUGGGCCACAGCAGUAUCUCAUAUUGAAGAAAACUCAUGGCUGGAAGCGGAUGCGCAGGGUAACCUGAUGGUACUGCGAAGGAAUCCCACCGGUGUGACCAUGGAGGAUCAGAGACGGAUGGAGAUAACGAGCGAGAUCAACCUCGGCGAGAUGGUAAAUAGAAUUCGCAAGAUCGCUGUCGAGACAAGUCCGGAUGCCAUGAUCAUACCAAAGGCAUUCCUGGGCACGGUCGAGGGCGCAAUCUACAUGUUUGGAACUAUCGCGCCGCAGGCACAGGACCUGCUCAUGCGGUUCCAGGCGAAGCUAACUACAAUGGUGAAGACACCGGGCAACAUAGACUUCAAGUCUUACAGAGCAUUUAGAAACGCGGAACGAGAAGGCGAUGGCCCAUUUCGAUUCCUAGAUGGGGAAUUACUUGAGAGAUUUCUAGACGUGGAUGAGGAGAUCCAGGAAGAGAUAUGUCGGGGCCUGGGGCCAAGUGUCGAGAAUAUGCGAAACAUUGUGGAGGAGCUCAAGAGGAUGCAUUAG